UGAUGACGCUAUGACAUUUUAAGCAAUUGAAAAAAAUUGUUAAAAAUUCGAUAACGUCGAAUAUUUUUGUGGAUUUCCUUGUGAAAUUUGAGAAUUUUCCAAGUCCGUAAUCCGUGUUAAAGUUGCACCCAUCGAUUUUCCGUUGCACGAACACUCAUCAUGUCCGAUUCAGGUAAAAAGUCCGUUGGGCUCAGAAAAAGUACGAGAGUGCCGAAAGUCAGCAAGGAAGUUGCCGAAGCCAAGGUAAACGUGGAAAAUUUGAAGAAAACAGUAAAGGAAGAACGCGCCAGCGAUGAGGAGAGUUCCGAAGAAGAGGUCAGCGAUCAAGAGGAUUCCGACAUCGAAGGCGAACAAUCGUUCGGUCCCGCAGCAUUGGGUCUCCAUCGUGUCGGCACGGCUUUACCAAAGCGAAAAAAAGCUGCUGCGCCAUCGCAAACGCUGAAUCGUCGCGGAAUUCCGGCGCGAAUUAAGAAGAAAAAUCCCCUAUUUUACGACGAUAACAUGGUGAACGAUCAGAAACAAAUUAAAAAUUCACCGAAAAAACCGACACCGGUAAAGGUGACGCCCAAAGGGAAGGCCAAGAAGGUCCUUGCUGUGAAACGUGCCGCCGUUGCGGAAGAAGAAUCGCCGGCUCCCGUCAAAAAAUACAAAAUUGUCAAUAAAAAACGCAAAGAUGAUUCGCUGGAAAAUGCAAUUGUCAUUCCCGUUGACAAAAAGUUGGGUCAACGAAUUGGCUUGCGUCUGCGAAAUUUGCUAAAAUUGCCGAAAGCGCACAAAUUCGUCAGUUACGAGUGGUUCUACAGUACUAUCGACAAGGCCAUACUCGGUGGCGAGAACGAUUUUCAACAAUGUUUGCGGGAAUGCUAUCCGACGCUCGUCACGCGGAACCUGACACGUGCCGAAUGGAAUCACGUACGUCGCACUUUGGGCAAGCCACGUCGCUGUUCGCAGAUUUUCUUCGACGAGGAACGCCGUGAACUCGAACGAAGACGUCAGAAAAUCCGUUUGUUGCAAACGCGCAAAGUGGGCGAUCCCUCGUUCGUUCGUGACCUGCCAAAGGAGAUUCCGAUGCCAUUGACGGUGGGUACCAAAGUAACGGCGCGAUUGCGUGCCCCCCAAGAUGGGUUAUUUAGCGGGACUGUUGAAGCUGUCGAUCCCCUCACAAAUUCCUAUAGAGUCAAAUUCGAUCGUCCCGGACUGGCGUCGCAAAGUAUUCCGGAUUACGAGGUGGCGGCGACAGAUCCGCCCAAGACACUUGCCUUGAGUCACAUUACGCAAAACUUCCGACCGCGAAAAGACGUGCAAAUGUACAUGAUCUCACCCAUGCGCAAGGCUGGUCCCCUUUCGUCCAUUUACAAGAACGAUCCGUUACUCGGCGGCGACAGUUAUCCGCGUUUGCCGAAGCCGAAACCCGUUUUGCAGCUCCCCAAGGACCAAAUUAACGGACGCAGCAUCAAAUUACUCGAAAUUAUCGUGCGAGCAAAGAAACUCUUGUCCGUCAAACAAUCCAAAUUCAAGGAACUGAAAAAAAUGAAUGCCGAAAUCGAGCAGUCGAAGGCGAAAAAUGAGACUUUAACCGAAGACCUGCAGAAAAAGUACGCGUAUCACGUGAUCGGCAUGGAAAAAUUAAAUCGCGACAUCACCGAAUGUCUCAGCAAGUUGCAAACGUACUGCAACGAGCUCACGGACGACUCCAAGACGCUGGCGAUGCUCGCGCCGAGUUACAUGCGUGAAAAAUGUCGCGAAAUGGCAGUCAAUAUGGUGGAAAAAAAUAAUUCCGAUGCGGUGUUGCAGGACGAAGGCAUGCUCGACUUGAUCACGAAUUUGACGACCGUCAUGUGGAUCACGUCGCAUUUGAACAAUAACGAGCAGUAUGGCAGCAUCAUGAGUGUCUUGACGAGCUCCUUGCACGAGUCGCGGUCCAAAUUGGCGCCGGAAAAUGGACCCAUUUUCGACAAAAAUGUCGAAGCGCACGUGCAACAAAUCAAGGUCGGCAUCGUGAAAAAGCUGCAAGAGUUGAAGGAGAAACGGGCGCAAGAGGAUGCGGCGAGAGCCAUUGAGGCGGGUGCGUGAUUUCGUGUUGUUUCUUUGGGUGUGCAGCAAGUUGUUUAAUUUCCUUUCCUAAAUACAAUCUAUCUAGAGUAAACUAAAAAUCUUCCGUUGAAAUUCUUAUAAACGACAUUUAACGACUUUUUUUUAUUUAGGACUUUUCUUGUAAGAAUUAUCUUGUACCUUUCACAAUUUAUAGAUUUGACAAAUAAAAA